UGUGCUCGGAGUCGGUCGGGACUCAGCAGCAGCCUCGAGCCUCCGUCGCCCCCGAUCACCAUGUCGUUGGGAGUCGGCCCAGAGGCGGGAUUCUCCAGCGAGGAGCUGCUGACCCUGCGCUUCCCCCUGCACCGCGCCUGCCGCGACGGGGACCUGCCCACCCUGUGCGCGCUGCUGCAGGGCUCGCCCCGCUCCGACCUGGCCGUCGAGGACUCCUUCUACGGCUGGACACCCAUCCACUGGGCCGCGCACUUCGGCAAGCUGGAGUGUCUAAUGCAGUUAGUGAGAGUUGGCGCUACUGUAAAUGCCUGUACAACACGUUUUGCCCAAACACCAGCCCAUAUUGCUGCUUUUGGAGGACAUCCUCAGUGCCUGAUCUGGUUGGUUCAAGCAGGGGCCAACAUAAACAAGCAGGAUUAUGUUGGUGAAACCCCUAUUCAUAAAGCAGCACGAUCUGGUAGUAUGGAUUCCAUAAGUGCCCUUGUAGCUCAUGGAGCUCAAAUAGACUUGAGAAAUGCCAGUGGACUGACAGCAGCAGAUCUUGCACAUACCCAGGGCUUCCAAGAGUGUGCCCAGUUUCUCUUGAAUCUCCAGAACUGUCACCUGAACCGUUUCUUUAGCAAUGGCACAUUAAAUGGAGGUCCCAAUCCAGUCAAUGGUGGGACAAGUCGAAAGAGAUCCUUUGAAGAUGUGGAUUCUGCUGGAGUAAAGAAAGCUAGGACUGAAGCUCAUAGCUUUGAUGGCUUAAUACCAAUGAUGAAUGGAGGAAAUGAGGAUGAUGCUGACAAUAUGCACAUUGAUAAAGAGCUUGCUGUUGUAUCAGAUAUGAAUAGCAGUAGCUCCGUUUUGAAUGCAUUGACAAAUGGAUGUACCAUCAAUGGACAUUUGGACUUCACCGCCAUAACACAGUUCAAUGGAAUGGAUGCCAGGCAUGAAGAAUGUUUAACAUUAAUACCUAAUGGAAUAACUCCUGGUGUCGCUUCUGCCAAUAGGCACAGAAUUCACACCAGUAAUGGCACUGAAGAACCAGAAAAAGCCAUGAAUACUUCUGCCGAUAUGUGUGGUUCACUGCAUCUGAAUGGAAGCCCAAGUAGCUUUGUGUCUAACAGGCCGUCAUGGGUUGAAGAUCUUGGAGAUACUUUGCACUAUGGGCAUUAUCAUGGUUUUGGGGAUACUGCUGAAAGCAUCCCUGAACUUAACAGUGUUGUUGAGCAUUCCAAUUCUGUUAAAGUUGAACAGAAAUACGAUAAUACUGUCUUAGGCACAAUGUAUCUUUAUCAUGGUUCCUAAAUUAACAUAUUCUUGUUUGUCAAAUUCAUGUUGAAAUUGCUAGCAAAUGUGGCAAAAAAUCCUCACCUAGCAUUAAAUCUGAAGAAUGCAACUAUUACUAUUUUUACACUUUGUUUAUAUAAAAAGUAAACCUUUCAUUUGACAGUCUUCUACUAUAGUUCUAAUUUGUUGCAUGUAUGGGGCUUAUUUAGUGAUGCAAGUAGGUGGUGUUACAAUGAAAUGUUUAUUCUUUGCAUUUUACUAUGGAAUGUUGUGGUUUUGUACUUUCUUUUUUUUUUUUUUUUUUUUUAUUUCCAAGCUAGUGAACACUAUCUUUCCCCUUUUUUAAAAAUGUUUUCCCUCUUAUUAAUAUGAUCAAACUGUGUUGAAUUUUGUGCAGAAAACAAGUUGUGUGUUUGUGCAUCACUCUUGAAGUAAAUAUUUUCCUUUUUUGUAUUUUCUGCUGAAGCUAUGGUAGCAACAUCAAUGCCAGCUGUCACUAUGCAAGGUUUGAAAAGUGUUGUUCUUAAAGGAGUUUCUCUGAUUUACAAAUUUGUGCGUUUAAUAGAAUUGAAAGUUCAUCUUUACUUUCUAUGACAAAAAAUGCAAUGACAAACUUUUGAAAAAUGUUUCACUUUAAUGUAGCAUAGGAAUUAUUUUCUUCAUUGUUAGGGCCCUUUGCAUUAUAGAAGUGGAAAACCAGAUUAUCCAUAUUCGGUUGCAAGUCAGGGUUGGUUCUGAUUUUUGGCCUUUUUUAUUUUGCUUCUCUACUUUAAAUGUGUGCUUGAUAUUUUACCAUAGCUCACAGCCUGGAGGCAUGUUGGCACUGUUUUUGCUUUUUAUGCAAUUUAAAAUUACUGCUACUUGUUAUAGAAAUCAUCAGGUCAAAAUAUUUGACUGAUUUUGAUAUACUGUACAUAUAUUUUGUUUGCUUUGUGUUUUUUACAACUGCUUUGAAAAUCUAAUGCUGUGUAUAUCUAGCCAGUUAAGAUACUUUUAGGGCUAUGUUAACUGAAAAUACAUUGUAUUUAAAGCUUAUUACAAAAGUAAAAAUUCAUACAAGUGCUCUGUACAAACAUUAAAUAAUGUAAGAUACUACUUUUGUGAUUUGAUAAACGAACGGUGGGAGAAUAUAUUAAACAAGAGAAAGCCAG